AUGAUCAAACUUUUCCACAAAACAGUAUGCAAAGGAGCCGCAUACAUCGCCCUGACUGAAGACUCGGCGGACAGCAGGUAUGCCAAACUCGACAAAAUGUACCGCCAUUGCCAGUACGUAGAGAAUAAUGUCAUUAUCGAUUUCACUUUUGCCGAUUAUGGCGAGAGUAACUUGAGCUUUGAUUUCCUGAAAGAUAUCGAAGAAAUUAAAGGAUUUCUACUAAUAAGAAAGAUUAAGGCGAAGAAAAUACCAUUCAACAAUUUGAAGAUCAUCUGGGGCCAAAAACUCUAUAAAUACCAGACGUACGUCAACAAAACUGCGAAGAAAAGCGAUAGAUCCUAUUCAGUGUUUGUCGAUGCUGUGGAGUCUUCGGCGGAAUAUGUUCACAUUUAUAUGCCAAAUUUAGUGGAAAUCAUGAAUGGUGACGUCAGCUUCCGUGAUAUGGACUCCUUACCCUACCUUAAAAGCAUUCUUUGGCCUGAGCUACUCAGCAACUACGGCAAUAUGACUGACCAGCAGUGGGUCCAAAUUUCCGGAGCCACCGGAAGGAGAAAUGGAAAUAAUAAAUGUCACAUGACGUGUAAACCAUUCGAUGGUCAGAAGAGAUGCUGGUCUGGCAGGGCCGAAGACUGCCAAAAAUUCACUCGCAUGGGUUGUAGUAGUAGUUGCGAGAACAGAUGUUCAGUGAACUCAUCAUGGCGAUGCUGUGACGAUGAGUGCGCCGGAGGCUGUCGAGACUACGGGCCCGCUAGCUGCUACGCCUGCAAAAACUACAACAUCGGGAAGAAGUGUGUUAAAAACUGCCCGCCACUCGUGAGAUAUGACUCCAUCAAAAUGCAACACGUCAGAGAUCCGGCCGGGAUGUUUAAUCUGGAAAAAUCUUGCGUGCCCAAAUACCACAUGUUGGUUGAAAGAGACUCAUGUGUAAUUAUCUGUGGAAGCAACUCCAGGCCAGAUAUGGAGAGCCGAACGUGUGUUGAUUGUUCCAAGUCUGACUCAUGCCCCAAGGUAUGCAAUGGCACGGAGGGCAUUUUCACGGCAAAAGACCUGCCCUCUCUUGAAAACUGCAUCAUCAUCCAUGGCCAUAUUCGAUUAUCUAAUUUUUCUUUUACCGGACGAGACGCGAUGAACCUAUCCGACUUGAAGGUAUUCGAAUCGGUCGAGAUUAUAACCGGAUCCCUGGACAUAACCGAAAUUACCGAUCCCGAAUUGACGGAUCUCUCCUUCCUUCGUAAUCUUAAGUUCAUCAUGGGAAACCAAAUUGAUGGGUGGCCAAUGAAAUUAAAUUUCAGAGUCAGGAGUGGAAUAGCCCUCAAAAUCCUCUCAAACGGGAUCAAAACUCUAUCCCUCAACCCAUCCCUGGCCGUCAUAAACGGCAUCACGCAAAUCGCCGAAAAUCCUAAACUCUGCCUAACUCAAAACCUACCCUGGGGUAACGUGACGAAAGUUUACCUGACUAAAAAUAGAAAUGACGAUGACUGCGCGGCAAGCAACAUAACAUGCCACGUUGCUUGCGACAAGCGAUUUGGUUGCAUGGGCGUCGCGAGCAACCAAUGCUACAAGUGCAACAACAUCACGCACCAUGACGACUGUAUACUCACUUGUGAUCAUUACGACUACAUGCAACCGGUGUUCAGUGAUGGUAUUGGUGGAGACGAUGGAAAAGUGAUGAAGUGUAAGAGAUGUCACCAGGAAUGUAGGGCCGGAUGCAACGGAUCGCUGGCUUCCGACUGUUGGAGGUGCGUGUCGUACAAGCACCAGGGCACGUGCGUCAGCGAGUGUCCACUUGGUUUCGUGCCGGGAAAAAGAUGUCAUUCCUCGAGAUGCAAAGCUUUGUAUCUCUGGGUCAUUAUUAUUAUAUUACUGAUGAAGAAUUAG